AUUAGAAACUGAUAAAAAACGGGAGGUAGAGAUGCGAAGAUGGAGGCAGUAGGUGGUGGUGCAGCAGCAGCAGCCACUCAUGCACAGAAACUGCUAAACAGAAGUCAUGGUUAUCCAUGGAAGUCCAUGGAAAUAAGAUGGUUAAGCAGAAAAAGAAGCAGCACAACAAAAUCAUUAAACGACCUCCGCCGCAAUUUAAAAUCUUCAUCGGUAGCACCGCCAUUAAUGAUGCCUGUAUAUAUCUCCACCCAGCCAAUACACAUCGAUCCUCAACAACUGAGAGAGCUCUGCACCACCUGUAAUUACUCCUGCCAUCGCUUCCCCAAAUUUGAACCCGAAGACGGCAGAGUUGAAGAAUUGAUAGACGUCGACAAGCUGCGAAUUGCUCUCUCUCACAGCUCCAUCCUCGUCUCCGUCUUCUGCAGGCCUCAAGAUGUUAAUGACGAAAUCGAUUCUUAUUCCUUAAACGUAGAAAGGAGAGAAAAGGAAAGGGGUCCUCUCGGAGACUUGCUACAGAGAGUGAUUCCGGUCAGUCCUUCCAAUGGCCAGCUUGUAGGUUUUGGCCGGGCCGUCUCUGAUUGUGGAUUGACUGCUUCCAUUUACGAUGUUAUGGUUAUUCCUCCAUUGCGCAGAAUGGGAAUUGGAAAACUGAUUGUUCAAAGGAUUGUGAGGAUGCUGACAAGUAGAGACAUCUAUGACAUAUCAGCUCUUUGUUCAGAACAUGAGAGGUUGUUCUUCAAAGCGUGUGGAUUUGGAGAUGACAUAUUGGGUUCCACUACAAUGAUGCACACUAGGACUGUCACAACUAGUGGUGAAGAUAAUCAAUUCGUGGGACAUGAGAUCUGAAAACUCCUGUUAGUUCCACCACUUUGGUAAACU